AUGGAAGAAAGUGAAGAUGAUCGUUACCCGCGACCACGUGGUAUUAAUGUGAUACAUUUUGUAAAAGAACGGGUGAGACAAAUUGCUGAGUUAAUUCAGGCCGUCGAUAAUCGCGUAUUAGUAUCAGGAGAAGUGACUAAGGGACCACGUACAGCAAUACAGCGUCUGCCGCGUCAUAUGCGUCGUCGUGCAAUGUCUUAUAGCAUCAAGCGCUUCCCACGUAUGCAACGCCGUUUUGCAAUUUCAGCAGUUUCAGCUUCGAAACAUCGUCAAAAACCACCUAGUCGUUUUUGGAGAAGACGACCAAGAAACCUACUUUUGAAUUAUAUUAGACGCCAAAGAAAGCAUGUGUGGCUUGAAACACAUAUAUGGCAUGCAAAACGUUUUCGAAUGAUCCAAAAAUGGGGUUAUAAUUUACCAUUCUGCAGUUAUCUACGGGCUUUUCGACCUUCGCAUCGUGAUGCAAUGAGGCAUUGUGUUGUUCGAGACGUUAGCUUCUUGCAUUGUUUUCAGAUAAUUGGAAGCAGUCAAACAGCAAUAAUUGAGCUUUUACGUAACAUUUGUGCACCCGAAGUUGGCCCAACAUUUGCAUUCAAAACUGCUUUAGAUGGUCGUUUUGAGAUGCCAGUGAUGUUAUACGAACCAAGCAAGUAUCCGCGUGGGUUCAUUGCACCUGCUAGAUUUUUAUGGAGUAAACACAAAGGACCAAAUAAAAAGAAAGCAAUGGAUUUUGGAAAAUUACGUUUGUUUUUUCCGGCUGGACAGACUGAUGAAAAUUAUACAUUAGCUGUCUGGACACAUCCAUCUUCGAGUAAAAAUAUAUUAUCGAGAUUUAUCGAUCUGCUAAAAUUGAGAAAACAGGACCACACAAUAGAUCUUAUAGGAAUAGACGAAGUGCCACGCAGUAUUGAUGAAUGGAGACUACGUAAUUUAGAGAUAAAGACAGAUGUCUAUGUAAGUGAUGAAGGUUUAAAGUUAUUGGAUUUAAGUGAUCAGGUGAUUCGAUUCAGAUUAUAUGGUCCAAAAUCACUUGAUAUAGUGCGUGAAGUUCUUGCUGUUGUCGAAGAAAAUGAACUUGAAGAUUCGAGAAUGAAAGAAUUCAUGUCAAAUAACCACUGGUGGAGGAAUAAAUGUAGCAAGCUUAGUCCCGGUGAACUCCCAGAUGGUUUUGUUUUCAGUUUGCUUGUGGAAGAUCCUAGAUUAACUCGACCAUUGAAAAAAACAAAGCCAAGUGAAACUAAUGGAUGUUCAGCAAAAUCGUUAAAUAUAGACAGUUUGCCAUCUCCACUGAACGACUUUUGGAAUUUUGAAAUUCGGAAAAAAGCUCUUGAGAAGAAAUUGACUGAAACGGACUUGCAAAAAAUGCGAAAUACGCAGCUGAAGCCAGUAAAAACAUCUGAAGCUAAGAUACCAAUACUUUUAGUAGUUCGAAAUAUAAGUACAGGAACAACAAGUCCGUUCAUUGGUUUAGAUCUCAUUAUACCAUCCGGAUUUGGUUUGGAAUUUUGGCUUGCUCUGCAAUAUGGUACUGCAAGAAGUGUUGGAUUAAAGGAUCAGAAAUUCCUAGAAUUGGAAUCAAGCCAUUUUAAUUUUCCCGCUGAUGUACCAGAUUGUGAUGCUGGUCUUAACGAAUUUAAAGAAGAAUAUAUUAAUCUGCAGGAAAAGCAUAUACGACGUCCACAUAAUCGCCGAAUGAAGUAUUGGAGCAGCUUAUCAAUCAAAUAUCCUUUCACGUUUCAGUUCUCUGAGUUAUCUCAUAAUUGGCUGGAGAAUUCAAGCAUUGAGGGUGCUGCAUACGUUAUACGUGACCGUAGAAUAUUGCAGAGUAUUGAGAAAUGGUUGGCUGGAAGAGCACCAAUGCCGGAAGAAUCUGUUAUGAAUUCCGCAGCAUUAGUACCCAUAUCUCUUGUAUCAACAACACGAGGUCGUCCACAGCGAUUCGCACUGAUAUGUGCACCAAUCGGGGAGGAUUUUACGAGUGUAGCAAAACUGUGGAGAGGCGAAAAUGCUAUACAAAUCAUUGAACAACCGCGGAGAAGUACCUUAAAAUCAGCGUUUGAUAAUAAGGAAAAUAAAGAAGACCAAGGAAAUGAGAUUGGACUAGAGGAUUUCAUUUCAUUGGAUGUUACGGCAAGUGAAAAGCACAUAUCGCUGAACUCACUUUUUCCUGACAAGGAAAUGUUACGGAAGCGAAAAAUGAAGGAGAGAAAAAAGGAAAAAAGAAAAAAAGCGAAAGAAGCUAAACGAUUGAAAAAAAGUGUGGAAAAUGAUUCGCAGACUUCCACUUCUAAACAGCUGGAAAAUAAUAGGGACGAAUUGGAAGAGGAAGCAGUGGAGCUCAUAAAAUACAGUAGCAGCUGUUCUAGGCCUAUCAUUGGCAGAGUUGUACGCGGUGAUUAUUCAUUCGUACAUGGAAGAGGCUUUGCUAUCGGUUAUUGUUGUUUACCAGCUUUGAAACUUUAUCGUGGUGUUAUAUUGUUCCGGAAUAUUACAUCUAGAUAUUAUCAUCCAGCUCGAAUUACCCUUCUUAAAAAUCAAGUCGACUUGAUGCAAAUGUUGGAAAUGGUAUUAGGAAAACGGAAGGAAAUGCAAACUGUGAAUUUAUACGUAGUCGGAAAGGUGGCGGAAGUUGAUUACAUUACUAACACAUCAUUUCUGAGGACAACGGUGAUGCAUUGGUUAUCGGUGAAGUAUUCGUGGAGUAUACCACAGAUUGCUAUUUGUGUAAUCAUGCAUGCUAUAUAUGUAAAUGGAAAACUAAAAGGUCGGAUAUGUGCAUAUGGCGACAUUGAUCGUGACCUAUAUACUGAUAUUAUUGUACAGAAUCAUGAUCGAUUAAUGAUUUAUUUUCAGAAUGAAAAUGGCGAAUUUUUCGAAGCAGGACAAAAUAUUAACCUUCUCUCAUCACAAAUUGUUUCAUGUGCAGUUGGGGAUUUUAAUGGUGAUUCAGUGCCUGACAUAUUGGUUUCGAGAAAGAACCCCAAUGGCGAGAAAGGUUAUGAAUCGACUGUACAUAUAUUUUCAUAUAAUGCUUACAAGCCAGUUCAUUUAAACGCAACAUUACUAGAUGAGCUUGCUGUGAUGGAUGUUAACGGUGAUGGUAUCAGUGAUGUUGUGGGAUUUCUCAGUAACAAUUCUUUAUUUUGUCAGUUGGGUUCAGCGGCAGGAAAUUUUUCACCCUGUGAACAUUUUUUCAAAACGUUUGAUAAUAUGUCGAAUAUUGUCCCAUACGAACGUUUUUUGCAUUCCUUUGUCGAUAUAAAUGGUGAUUUAAGUGCUGAAAUAAUAUUUGGUACCAAAAUUGACAAUCGUUUAAAAAUGCAUGCAUGGAGAAGAAUAUCAAAUGAACUGUGGGAGUUAGAUGAAGCGCUUAUUGCCGAUUUACCAGCCGACUCAUGUUCUACCAAUUACUUUGGUGCUGUAUUAUUUGCCGAUUUUGAUGCCGAUGGAAUUGUUGACAUUGGUUUACCAUGUUGUGCUGAUGCGACGUGUCGAAAAGUAGUAGUGAUCAAUAUGUGGAAUCAUUAUAUCGGAGCAUGGCAAGAUUUUCACAUUACUGGUCUUGAGGGUUCCGAUCUGGUAUCCAAAAAAGAUGAAGGGAAUGUUGUUUUUCGUGUUGGAGAUUUUUCAUUGGAUGGUUAUCCUGACUUAAUAGCACUUGUUCGAGAAAAAACGCAAAAUCCAAUGAUCCUGGAGAAUGUUCCAUGCACAGAUUGUAUUUCUAAUGCUUCUAGAAGAUUUGAAUUGAGGACAAGUCCUAGGCUUAUCCAGCCUGCUGAUGUUUCCUUGGGUCAAAUUCAGUUGGCGUCGUUUUUUGAUUUGAAAGAGGAUGGUACUCUCGAUGUACUGCUUGAAUAUAAAGAUGCUGAUCAAAGUAUGGCUGUUGAUUUCAUUAAAUGUGAAGAUCAGGGUGAUACAACUAUGUCCGACUCAUGGGGUCAUGAUCAGGUCGGCUCACAAUGUCAGAUGCCUCAAACAACACAUCGAGCACUUCAUACACCGUUUGCUCUAUUUGGUUUAGGAAGGUCACCAAAUUUUGUUGAUUAUGUGCAUAUUGGCUCUCCACGUGUGCCAUUGGCAGGUGUCCUGUAUUAUGGAAAUCAACACUAUUACUUGAAGCAAAUUGUGCCGAAUUCAAGAUUAAUUGUUGUACCGCCUAAAGGUGAUGGAGUUCACUGGCAGAGUAGACUUUACCUUACUCCUAGUCAGAAGUUGAAUAAUGCUGUACUUUCAGCUGAUAAAACAAUCGUUGAUGGUAUUAAUAUCAGUCUGUAUGAUACUUUUAUUGGUGGUAGUAUUUUUGCAUUAUCGUGA